CUGGUUAAAUAAAGGCGAAUGACUGAAUGAAUAUCAAAUAAAGCCAUAGAAUUUUUUUUUUUCUCUCUUUAUCGUAUAAUGUUCACAAAGUAUAAUGCAAUUCAUGUCAUGGGUAGUGUAUUCUGAAGGAUCAAAAUACAACAACAUCCCUUAUUAUUAAUUUUACAUCGUGCAAGAAAUGAUGGGGGUGGCAAUCAAACUUUGAAAAUCGACUGUGCGCAUGCGCAGAACCACAGAGUAGCAUUUCUCGGCAGGUAGCAAGGAUUGGCAGAACACCGGCCAGCCAUGAGCGAGAGCCCCGCGACCGGAGCCUGUCAGCGGGGGAGGAGCGGGCUGCAGGCCGGCAGGAACGGCUUCGUGCGGAGCUCCAGCGGCGGGUCGCGGUUCCACCCGGACGAAGAGGAGGGGAGGCCCGGGAUGAUGGCACGGGGAGGAGAGGUCCAUACAGUGUCACGGCAUGGCAGCUUGUACAACCGUCCCUUUAUUGAAUCUUUCGAAGAGACGCCCAUGCUGGUGGCAGUACUCACGUACAUGGGCUAUGGCAUCCUUACCAUCUUUGGCUACCUCCGCGACUUUCUCCGUCACUGGAAGAUUGAAAGGUGCCACAUCGCCAGAGAGAGGGAGGAACAAAAGGACUUUGUCCCACUAUACCAGGACUUUGAGAACUUCUACACCAGGAACCUUUACAUGCGGAUAAGAGACAACUGGAAUAGGCCCAUAUGCAGCGUCCCAGGUGCCAAGAUGGACCUCAUGGAACGGGUUUCCCACGACUACAACUGGACUUUUGAUUAUACAGGUCGAGUAGGGAAGGAUGUGAUUAACUUGGGCUCGUAUAAUUACCUCGGCUUCGCUGAGAAUACGGGUCUGUGUGCUGACGCUGCAGCGGAGAUCACCAUGGCGUACGGCGUCGGAGUUGCAAGCACCAGGCAGGAGAUUGGUAACCUGGACAGACACGAGGAGCUGGAGAAACUGGUGGCCAAAUUCCUUGGCGUGGAGUCCGCGAUGAUAUUCGGGAUGGGGUUUGCAACCAACUCCAUGAACAUUCCAGCGCUUGCCGGAAAGGGAUGUCUGAUCCUGAGUGAUGAACUCAACCAUGCCUCCCUGGUUCUCGGAGCCAGACUCUCCGGAUCCACCAUCAGAGUCUUUAAGCACAACAAUAUGCAGAGCCUUGAGAAACUGCUGAGAGAAGCCAUAGUUCACGGCCAGCCCAGGACUCACAGACCAUGGAAGAAGAUUCUUAUAGUGGUAGAGGGCAUUUACAGCAUGGAGGGCAGUAUAGUGCGCCUUCCGGAGGUGAUCGCCCUAAAGAAGCGCUACCGGGCCUACCUGUACCUGGACGAGGCCCACAGCAUCGGGGCCCUGGGCCGCCGGGGCCGGGGGGUGGUGGACUACUUUGGUCUGGACCCCUGUGAGGUGGAUGUUAUGAUGGGCACGUUUACCAAGAGCUUCGGAGCUGCCGGGGGAUACAUUGCUGGGAAAAGGGAGCUUAUCGAGUACCUGCGCUCCCAUUCCCACAGUGCUGUGUACGCCGCCUCCAUGUCUCCUCCUGUGGUGGAGCAAAUCAUCACUUCUAUGAAGUGCAUUAUGGGAGAGCACGGAACAUUAAUAGGCUGCGAACGUUUGCAGCAGCUGGCAGAAAACACGGUCUACUUCCGUAAGAGGCUUCGAGAAAUGGGUUUCAUCAUCUACGGCAACAAUGACUCCCCCGUCGUGCCCAUGAUGCUCUACAUGCCCUCUAAGAUCGGAGCGUUCGGCAGGGAGAUGCUGAAGAGGAACAUCGGUGUGGUGGUCGUGGGCUUCCCUGCUACACCCAUCAUCGAGUCCCGGGCGCGAUUCUGCCUCUCUGCCGCCCACUCCAAAGACGUGCUUGACAAAGCGCUGGGUGCCAUCAGUGAGGUAGGAGACCUGCUUCAGCUCAAGUACUCCCGUCACAGAAUACAGCCGUCUCUGGAGCGGCCGUUUGAUGAGGACGUUUACGAGGACAUAGAUGACUGAUAAACCAAAGUGGUGGGAAUCAGAACAGCCACAGAGAAAUACAGGUCAAAAUGCAUCACAAGUCUUCCAGGAGGACCAGGAUGUGCACACGCCCCCACCUGUCACUAACUUGCCACAAUAUAACCCCACAACAAAUGGAAAUCUCAUCCGAUUCUUCUUUGCCUUACUUACACAUGCAGAACUUGUGGUGAAUGCACUGAAAACAGCACCUCUGCUUUCUCCUGUGUACUUUUGGUGUAUUUUAUGUCAUUGUUAUUAUUUUUAUGAUUUUGUUUUAAAUACUUUUGCAUUUAUUUUAUUUUUUUAGUCACUUACAUGUCGUGUGUCUUGUGGAAUUUGUUGUUGUUCAGCCUUGUUACACAUGUGAGGUGCAUGUCGGCUCUCCAAAUGUUACUGAGAAUCUGCCUCAAGGGGACUCUGGAGCUGAUUUCAUGGGUUAAAGUUGCAUUUAGCUGUUAAAAACACAUUCCUAUCCAGUACUUUUCAGCUCACUGAUUAUUGCCGUGAACAGAACGGACAGGAUCGUACGAGCUGCCUGUCUGAAGGCCAGCUUUUAUGGAACAGCUACGUUUUUAAAGUCAAAAUCCCUUUCCCAGAGUGGGAAUAUUGCUCUGAACAGUCAUUUCUGACAGAAUCAGGUUUCAGUGUUUUUUGUUUUUCAUCCUUGAUUUUUAUUUCCACCAGUUGUUUUUUUUUUUCUUAAUUUUUUUAUUUUUUUUUUUUAUUUUUUUUACGUUUCUAUUUCUGUAACACUAAACAUGAAAUGUUAAUCACCAAAGUUUCGAGGUGCUGAAUGUCUCCAACCGUCAGUCUUUCAGCUGAGCGAACUGCCGCGCUUCAUACAGUUUGUAGUAUAAACACAAGCUAUUUACUUAAAAGAUAAGAGGAAACAAGUCCAAUUUGAGCUUUUAAAGGCACAGUUCACCUCCAAAGCAAAUGCAUUUCCCCCCACUGGUCUGUUGUGCUCUUUUCCACAUUUUCUGGGGUGUUUUUUUGGUUGGUUUUGAAUUGAUCAGUUUUA